AACUUCAAACCAAAAUCCCGGCUCUCUUUUCUUGUCUUCUUCCUUCCCUCUCUCUCCCCUCUCUCUAUUUCUCCAUUCUCUCUCUACAGACCAAACCUUUCUCUCUCUGUCUUCCGUUAAUUCCGUCUGCGUCUUCUUCAAAAGAAUAGUAAAACCCGGCUUCCAAUCCUUUGCUGUUCUGCAUUUCUUCCGUUAAUCUUCCUCAUCAUGUCCCUCCAAAACCCACCAUUCAAAGACCUCCCUGACGCAUCCCCAAAACCAGACAAGAAAAGCUUCGUCACUUCUCUAAUGGAAGCAGCGACUCUCCGAUCGCCUUCCUUCAAAGAAGACACCUACUUCGUUUCCCACUUGAAAUCCUCCGAGAAGAAAGCCCUCCAAGACCUCAAAAACAAGCUCGCUGCCUCCGAGGUUUCGGACUCGUCCAUGUGGGGCGUUUCCCUGCUCGGCGGCGACGACAGAGCUGACGUUAUCCUCCUGAAAUUUCUUCGAGCGAGAGACUUCAGGGUGGGAGAUUCGCUCACCAUGCUUCUGAAAUGCCUGGCUUGGAGGAAGCAGUUCGGAGCAGACGACGUCGUCGAGGAGGACUUGGGUUUCAAAGAGCUCGAAGGGGUCGUCGCAUACAUGCAGGGUUAUGAUAAAGAGGGACACCCUGUUUGCUACAAUGCGUAUGGAAUUUUCAGGGACAGAGAAAUGUACGAAAGAAUCUUCGGGGACGAAGAGAAGCUGAGGAAAUUCUUGAGAUGGAGAGUUCAAGUUCUCGAAAGAGGAAUCAAGCUUCUUCAUUUCAAGCCAGGCGGGGUUAAUUCUCUGAUUCAGGUCACCGAUUUGAAAGACAUGCCCAAGAGGGAGCUCAGGGCAGCUUCCAAUCAUAUUCUCUCUCUGUUCCAAGACAAUUAUCCAGAAAUGGUGGCUCGUAAGAUUUUCAUAAAUGUCCCGUGGUACUUCAGCAUGCUCUAUUCGAUGUUCAGUCCUUUUUUGACCCAAAGAACGAAGAGCAAGUUUGUGAUCUCUAAGGAGGGAAAUGCUGCGGAGACACUCUACAAAUUCAUAAGGCCUGAGGAUAUUCCGGUUCAGUAUGGCGGUCUGAGCCGACCGAGUGAUUUGCAGAAUGGUCCCCCAAAGCCUGCUUCUCAGUUCACUGUCAAAGGAGGGGAGAAGGUGAACAUCCAGAUUGAAGGAAUUGAGGGUGGAGCAACAAUAACAUGGGACAUAGUGGUAGGAGGGUGGGACUUAGAGUACAGUGCAGAGUUUGUGCCGAGUGCACAAGGAAGCUACAGCAUUGCAGUUGAGAAGGCAAGGAAGGUAGCACCGUCUGAGGAAGCAAUCCACAACUCUUUCACCACCAAAGAACCCGGCAAUCUCGUCCUCUCCGUUGAUAACUUUGCUUCCCGAAAGAAGAAAGUCGCUGCCUAUCGCUACUUCGUCCGCAAAUGCACCACCACCACCAACGACGCGUGAUCUCAAUUUAUUGACUCUUACCCAAAAAAUGUCUCUAAUUAACUCCUAUAGUGCUUUGCUGCUAUUUUAUUUACUUACAUGUGCUUAAUUCUCUGAACUGGCGGGCUCAAGUGCAAGCUCUGUUUGUUUCAAUUACUUUUGGUGUAAUCGGUAGUAGGUAGUGUGAUGGUACAAUGUAAAAGGAGAACGAGAGUGGGAUUUAGGGUUAUAUGGUAUGGAUAUGAUUGUAUGAUGACUUGGUAUACAAGAGAAGCAAUUAGUUUUGCUCACAUCUUAAUCUGAUUGUUUCUCUGUUUUCA